GAGACUCAGAGAUGAAACCAGAACCCCAGCACAUGAAGCAAGUCUGAAAGAUACUGUAGGCCGGGGAACAAACAUGGCUUAGAACAUACAGGAAAAUAUUGGAUAGAUACCUGCUGAUGGAGAUGUCGAGUGAGAUUAAAAUGAAUAGGUUAAGGAAGAGCUCAGUCAUAAAAUGCUGUGCUUGGAAAAUCUUUUGGGAAAUUAUAUGUAAUGCAUUUUAUAUGUUCCCAUUGUAUUGUUAGUGAAAUCAGGUAACAAGAAGAGACCCUCAGUGCGAUCUCACUCUUUCUCUCUCUCUCUCUCUCUUGAGAGAAACUGAAUGAAUAACCCAUGAAGGGUCCACUCUGCUCAUCCCAUCUCAUGCAUGGCUGCCAGCGCGCCUCUUUGACUGGCACGACGCAAAGCGAGGUGCCAAGGGCUUGCGGGAGCCGCUCGGCCUGUGGAAAAUAAAAGCUUGCGGGAGGUUUCGGCUGAUUGCAGACGCGUGAGGCAUGCUGGGCUGGAAGGAGGAAGUGCAGUGGGGAGGAGGGGAGGGACCGCGCAUCCCCAGCGCCUCCGCGCCGCCUCGGACUGCGCCACAUGGAGCGGCGCGCGCCUGGAACAGCUUCAUACUGCACCCGAGCCGAGGACUAACAGAGUAUCUGCACAGGAUGGAGACCGAAGAGGCACAGGAAAUGUCCCAAAUAACAGGGAGGGACAGCCCCACUACUAAUGAGGGGGCAGAAGAGCAAGAGGAGACCAUGCCUGUCCCAGAGGACCUGUCCACCAGCACAGGUCUCCAGCACAACAAUCGCACUGACAAACCAACAGCCUGCAAUAUAAAAGUUGAGGCUCGGAGUGAUGAGGAGAACGGGCUGGCCGCUGAGAUGAAUGGAGAGGAAGAGGAGUGUGUGGCCGAGGACUUGCGCAUGCUCGAUGGCUCAGGGGCCAAAGUGAACGGCUCCCACGCAGGCCCAGACAGCAAGCCAGCGCCCGCCUACCCUAUGGCCGGGGGCAUCCGCCUCCCCAAUGGGAAGCUCAAGUGUGAUAUCUGUGGAAUAGUUUGCAUUGGGCCCAAUGUGCUGAUGGUGCACAAGCGAAGCCACACUGGUGAAAGGCCCUUCCAGUGCAAUCAGUGUGGUGCCUCUUUCACUCAGAAAGGCAACCUGCUACGCCACAUCAAACUUCACUCUGGAGAGAAACCCUUCAAGUGUCACCUAUGUAACUAUGCCUGCCGCCGAAGAGAUGCCCUUACCGGACACCUUCGCACACACUCUGUUGGAAAACCCCACAAAUGUGCAUACUGUGGACGCAGCUACAAGCAGCGAAGCUCGCUCGAAGAACACAAAGAGCGAUGCCACAACUACCUGCAGUGCAUGGGCCUUCAGAACAGCAUCUAUUCAGUGAAGGAAGAGAACAGCCAGAGUGAGCAGAGGGAAGACUUAAACCUGGCUGCAUCUGAGAGAGCUUUGGUGCUAGACAGGAUAGCAAACAAUGUAGCUAAGCGUAAAAGCUCUAUGCCACAGAAGUUUAUAGGUGAGAAGCGCUUUGCUGACCUCUCAUUUGAGAACAACUCAGGUGAGAUGAUGCAGCCAUCAGCAGUGAUUGACCAGGCCAUCAACAGCGCCAUAAGCUACCUGGGAGCUGAGGCUCUGCGGCCGCUGGUUCAGACCCCGCCAGGCUCCACCAGUGAUAUGGUUGUCAGCCCAAUCUACAACCUGCACAAGUCCCAGUCGUCGGAGAGCAACGGCAUGUCUGCUAAAGAUAGCGCAGCCGAGAACUUGCUCCUGCUUUCUAAGUCCAAAUCUGCAAUGAGUGAGAAAGACGGCUCACCCAGUCACAGUGGCCAGGACUCCACUGACACUGAGAGCAACAACGAGGAGAGGGCAGCUGGGGGAGGAGGGCCGGCGGCAAGUGGUCUCAUCUAUCUGACCAAUCAUAUGGCUGCGGGAGCACGAAACGGAGCUUUGCCCCUGGUGAAGGAAGAACAGAGGCACUAUGAGUCUCUGCGGGCAGUGGGAAUGGAGCUGGGCAUGUCAGUAGCUACAGAGGGCUUUAAAGUGCUAAGUGCUGAGGGUGAGGAAGUGAGGGCAUAUCGUUGCGUCCACUGCAGGGUGCUCUUCCUGGACCAUGUCAUGUAUACCAUUCACAUGGGAUGCCAUGGCUUCCGAGACCCCUUCGAAUGCAAUCUAUGUGGCUACCGCAGUCAGGACCGCUACGAGUUCUCCUCACACAUCACACGUGGAGAACACCGCUACUGAGCAUGCAGACACAUACACACACACACCUUAUGCAUAUAGAAAUGACAGCAUACCUACACAGAUACACAGUCAUCAAAUAUACAGAAUAUGUAUAAUUGUUGUUGUUUUUUUUAUUGUCUGAACACUGUGUGCAUGCUGAAAAGGUCGAUUAGUAAUUUAAUAUACACUGAUUAAUGUAGACAGAUGUAAAUAUCACCAUGGACAUCACCAUGUCUAUUUUUAUACAGUUGUGUGAGACACUGAUAAAUGUAAGAAAAUACUUUUUAAAAACAAGCAGUACUGGACAAUGGAAUUGAAAUCGAGGCAAGACAGUAAAUUGUUUUCAAGAAAAAUAAUUUUUCUCCAAAUAUUUUUUUUUCCUGGAUUCCCACCUUAAACUGACCCUGUUUUGGAAGCAGCAUUCAAUUUAUUGAAAAUACUACAUUAUAUUUGCAUUCAUAGCCAAUAUUGAUCAACCAAAUUGUGUAACUUUAUGAGUUAGUACUCACCUAUUCUACUUGUAUGUAAAUAUACAGAUUGUCAAAACUAUUAAAAUACACUUUCAAGUGUUACAUGUGAGGUUAAAGAUAUAUGGCAAUAAGGAUUGUAUCCACUACCAGUCAAAAGUUUGGACACAUUAGUUUGAAUAUAUGUUUAUCAUUGUCUUAAAGAGCAUUUGAUACAGCUAUUGAAAUUUUUUUCGAUGACAAACGUAAAUAAUGAAGUUAAUUAACAUGUACAAUGUAUGUUUUUUUUAACAGCCCAUUUAUAAUUGAUCCAAGUAGUUGUUGCUAAAAUUAAAUUGUUUCCACCAACAAGUAUUUUUUAUUUAGAACUUAGGAGAAGCAAGCAUCAACACGACCUCAGGAAGCUGGCUGAGAAGCUUCUAAGAACGUGCAAAGUUUCGUCAGGAGUACUAUUAAGAAGCUGAAAACUAAAAUAGUUUUGAUUUGUUUAACACUUUUCUUGGUCACGGAAUAAUUCCAUACUUGUAAUGUCCCAAUGUUAAUUUUUUAUUAUUAUUAUUAUUAUUAUUAUUAUUAUUAUUCUAAAAUAGCAGAAUAUACUAAAAAUGAAGAAAUUCAUUCGAUGCACUUGUGUGUCCAAGUGUUUGCCUGGGAGUGUACUUCUUGUAUCAGCAGUAUUGAGAACUUAACACUUCUCAAACUGAGAACAGCGCUCCCCUUCCUGUAUGUAUUAUGAGCAAGUUUUUGGUCCGUUGUAUCUCUUUUUUAAUUUUCAUGUUUUGUUUUUGUUUUGUUUUUAUUAUUAUUUAACCUCAGAUUUUCACAAGAUUCGACACAUACAUAUAUUAGCAUCACUAAUGCUAAAACGUGCUUGCAAAAUAUCAAUAAAAAAAAUUACAUUCAA